CCAGAGGAUGACAGGAUCUCUGCACUGAUUGGAGAGCAUCGGUUUCCAAGGAGCUCUUCGAUGACUGAUGGUUUCAUACCUCCUCCUCCCCAGACUGCCCCUCCUCCUCCCCCUUCCCACUACUUCCUGGACUCUGGCCCGCCGCCAGCCUUCUGCCCUCCACCUCCCCCGCAGCGAGCAGCCGAUCAAUCACACUCUAGCUUCAAGCCGGGGGCGGAACCUAGGCUGCACGAGGUCUGUGAUUCGCCAACGUCUCGGAGCCAUGCAGAGCGGCAGAGGAAAGCUCGCUCCAUGAUCAUCCUGCAGGACUCGCCUGUACCAGGCUAUCUACCUGCAGAGUCUUCCCCCCUAGGCCGACCUGCUGCCCUGUCCCGGCCCAGCCCUGCUGUCUCCCCCAGCCCCCUCUCCAGAACCAGCCCUGCCCCCAGCCCCCUCUCCAGAACCAGCCCUGCCUCCAGCCCCAGCCCCCUCUCCAGAACCAGCCCUGCCCCCAGCCCUAACCCUCCAGGGGAGCGCAGCAGCAACAGGAGGCGUGGCCGACCAGUAGAGAACCCGUAUGCCAACGUGGGUCAGCUGCCUGCCCCCCCCAGCAAGCCUCAGCGUCGCAAGUCUCCGCUCCUCAAACAGCUGCAGGUGGAGGAGGGGCCCAGCAGGGCAGAGCUAUACCAGCAGCAGGUGCUCACUGAGCGUGCUCAGAUACGGGUCACGCCCCCUCAGGGCCGUAGGUCCUCCUUCUUCUUGUCUGUGGAGGGAGGCGGUUCAGAGCCCCCUCCCAUCUUACUGACCCAGUCCCACUCUGUAGAUGACCUGGGGGAGCUGCCACCCCCCAUCCCCGUCCUCUCCCCCUCCUCCUCCCCCCACUCCACCUUUCUCCACCCACUGACAGGCAAGCCUCUGGACCCCUCCUCCCCCCUCGCCCUGGCCCUCGCUGCCCGCGAACGAGCUCUCACUGCACGCACACCCAGCCCUGAACCCAGAACCAAACACGCACACUCAUCUAGACCCGAGCCCAGGCCCAAACACGCACACUCACCCAGCCCCGAGCCCAGGCCCAAACACGCACACUCACCCAGCCCCGAGCCCAAACGAACCCCUCCUCCCCUGACCAGCCCUGAGCUCCGACACAAACGUACCAACCCACCCAUAUUCCUUGACGGACAGCUGGAGCGGCCAGUCGUAGAGCGGCCAGAGACAGAAGGCGGAGUCACAUCUCCUGCUGUGCCCUCCCCCGAGCGUUGGCAGACUAUGCCCCUCCCUGCCAUCAGUCAGGUGACCAUCAAUAUAACCAAUGAAAGCCAGCUGGCAGGACGGGGUCUGGGGGAAGAGCUGAUUGAGGCGCUGCAUGGACAAUUACAGAGGAGGAGAAGUCUGACCGUUGGCAGCUCAGAGGAGGAGGGGGGUUCAUAUACGGUAACCCAGGGCCAAUCAGAGAGGAGGAAUAGUCUGGAGGGCGGGCCUUACACGGUGACCCUGCCCCCUGCACUGCUGUCAUCCAGUGAUGAGGAGACGAGGGAGGAGCUUCGUAAGAUUGGUCUGGUGUCUCCUCCCCUGGUGUUUGCCACGCCCCCCUCCCCCACCCAGCCCCCCUCCUCCCUCAGCCUGUCACCACGAAGACCCCAGGCAGGUGAGGGCGGGGGAGGAGGGGAGUCAGCUCCAGACUCAGGGAUGGAGGAGGGAGACCCUCACAUAGAGAACACCUUAUCCCCAAGCAGCACCCCGGCCCCCAGCCUGCCCCCCACCCUGCCCUCCCCAGAACGCCCCCAGCCUUUCCCUGCCACCCCGAAAAAUCUGCCCUCCACCACUUCAGACCCCCAGAGCCUGAAGCCCAGGCUGCGUUCUCCCCUGGGCCGUGGUCGCUCUGCUCUCAGGGAUCCUCUACUGAAACAGUCUUCAGACAGCGAUCUGCUUCCAUCUGCGAUGUUCCUCUGGUGUGGCUGGAACGCCACCACCUACCUCUUUCAGGUAACCCUGACCCUAACCACCUACAUCCUUCCAGGUAACCCUCGACCUGACCCACCCUACCUCUUCCAG